AUGGUUUUCAAACAACUCGCUGCGGCCCUCGCUUUGGGUUCUGGCGUUUCUGCUGCUGCCCCCGCUACCGUCCCAUCAAGUAUCUCUGUAUACAGUCUACCCAAGACUCAGCCGAGCAGUGCUGUUGCGGUGGACACAAUGCCCGUGGGACCUUCGUCAGUCAGCUCCAACUUCGCUCAAGCUAUCCGUACAAGAUUAAUACUCAUUAUGCAAACCCACAGUUUUGAGUUCUUCAUGUGGCCGUCAUACAUGCGCAACAUUACCCCUGUGCGCGACUGUCUGAAACGCUUCGACGAGCUCUACGAACAGCAGAUGCCCGUUCGAAUUGGUGGCACAACCCAGGAUCGCGCUACUUAUGAUCCAAAGCUUGAGGGCUACGUUUCGUACACAACUGAUGAUCCAUUGGUUGCACCCAUGAGCUUGACCUACGGCCCUAAGUUCUUCGAUCUUAUAUCGGAGUACGGUGCCAUGACCACAAUCGGUCUGAACCGUGCUCUGGACAACAAAACUAAUACCUUCGCGGCCUCCGCCGAGCUCUACAAGCGUGCUGGAAGUUAUGUUGAUAGUAUUGAGCUUGGCAACGAGCCCGACUUGUACCUUUUGUUCUGGAAUUAUCCCAUCGCCACACCUCCGUGGAAUGAUACACAAGAAACUGCUAGCGCGGCAGAUUGGAUUCAAACCCUUGCCAAUACUUGGGAGGGAAAGCUCCCCAUCGUAGCUGCAGGCGGAUACGCCAUACCAUUCCCGUACCAGCCUAACUGGCCGAACCUGCCCUAUCUCAUCGAUAAUCUUAACGCGAGCGUCAAAGAUGCCGUGAAAGAGUAUAAUGGCCACCUCUAUGCCUUCUCAAACGCGACCUCAAAUGGCCUGAAGGGCGAGAUGGCGCACAGCCGGGCGGUCCAGGAUAUCGGUGUGCUCCCAAUUCAAGCUGCUCUAGACGACGGUAAACCCUUCAUUCUGGGAGAGACAGGCUUCCACGGCGAGGAUUUCGAGAUGGACCAGCAAUUUGGCGGCGCCAUUCAGAUUGUCGACAAGACACUGCACGCCCUUUCCAAGGGUGUUCAUCGUCUUUACUACCACCAGGGCACAAUCAAUCAGGGUAUGCAUCCACGUUACGCUACACAGUCAGUUGCUGAAUAUCUAACUACAUUGAUUGGUAGCUUUCUUCAACUGGUGGUACGACAACCAGGUCAACACCCCCUUCUACGGAGGCUACAUGGCUGCUCUUGCUACCGCUGGGUCCGACCACAUCACCGCCGAUGAU